AUGUUUCUGGAAAUUAACCUCACUCUAGCCAUUGCGGAAACCGGCGCAACUAGUGACGUUCCAACAAAACCAAAUCAAGAGACUGCGAGUACUGGAGAGACAGGAAGCACAACCCAGUGGUCAGGCACCAGGUCUGCCGAGGUCACCUCACACCAACGCACAUGGAGAUCGGCCAUUGCUGACGACGAAGACGACGAAGCAUGGCGUCGCGAUCCGAACCUGUUCGUAUACGACCUGCCGGCAUGA